CCACGCUGCGGAAGGAAAAAAAACGCGAACCCGGGCGAGCCGUGGUCGGCGGCGAGUUCCCUUUCCCGGGGGCCCGCAGCGAGGUGUCUUGGAUAGCCCAACCUCUCCCCAGGUCACCGACCAGGCAGGGAGGUGUCGUUGCGAUUGCGAGGACGCACGCAAAAUGGAAGAAGCUUUUGCAUCGACCCAGGCCGUGAAAAGGUGCCAGUGAGGACGAAUCCAACCACACGCCCCCACUCGCUUGAAACUGCCGCAGAGCCCCGCAAAGGCAACGACUGAAACUGCUCCGGCGACUACGAGCGCACCUAAACCCCGCCUGCGUCUCGUCGCCGAGAAGAAUCUUCGCCUUCGCGAAGCCUCUCCAUCUCCCCUCUCCGCCGCCGCCGCCGCUUCCUCGCCGGGACUCGGGAGCAAUGCAGCUGUACCACCACCCCUAUUCGCUGGACAGCCAGAAGGUACGGAUGGCGCUGGAAGAGAAGGGCAUUGACUACACAUCUUAUCACGUCAAUCCACUCACCGGCAAAAACAUGAAUGUGGACUUCUUUCGCAUGAACCCUUCCGCGAAGCUCCCUGUCUUCCAGAAUGGAGCGCAUGUCAUCUAUCGCGCUAUCGAUAUUAUUCAGUACAUAGACAGACUUGCAGUGCAUUUAAGUGGUGAAAUCCCCCCUGUGAACACUGAGGUCCACCAAUGGAUGCAGAAAGUUGAUGCUUGGAACCCUGAGAUGUUCACCCUCACGCACACCCCGGCCAAGCACCGUGCGUUUGUCUCCAAGUUCAUAAGGCGGGUGCUGAUUGCUCGCAUGGCUCAAGCCCCUGAUUUAGCCAGCAUGUAUCAUGUCAAGCUCCGUGAGGCUUACGAGACGGAUGAUAAAGUGAAGGACCCUGACAUCAUGAAGCAAAGCGAGGAAGAACUAAGCAAACUCCUUGAUGAUGUCGAAGCUCAGCUCGGCAAGACCAAAUAUCUCGCUGGCGAUGAAUUCUCACCUGCUGAUUCGAUGUUUGUCCCUGUUCUUGCGCGCAUAACUAUUCUGGACCUUGAUGAUGAGUACAUCAACUGCAGACCCAAGAUACUUGAGUACUACAAUUUGGUGAAGCUACGGCCAAGCUACAAGAUUACCAUUGGCAGAUACUUUAGUGGGUGGAAGAAGUACCGGACUCUCUUCAAGACAUCUUUCUUCCUUUGUGUUCGAACCCUGUUCAGGAAGUACUAGAUAGUUCGGCGGAUGAAAUAUCUGAAUCAGUACCUUGUGAACUGACAUGUAUAGUGAGUUUCGGUUAAAAAAUAAACUGUAUAUCUUCCAUGUGCCUUUUUGUGGUCUUGAGUUCAUUUUUACCUGUAAAAUCAAUAUGUUUGUUUGAUUAUAUAUUUCUGCUUCAUGUUGGAUGCAAAAAUGAAGGUUAUAGAACUGUAUACAGAAUAGGACUAAGUAUAUAUUUUGGAUUUAUCACUUGUUCUAGUCCAAUUCAUGUCUAAAAUAAAUUGUUGUUAGCUUGUGAUUUUGGCAUUGUCUAAUUGUUUCCCUAAUUUAUAACUUCACCAAGUUAUUAUGUCUUUUUUCCUUCUAUCUUCUAAUUGCUUUUAAGGGAGGUUAUCCCUGAUACUCUAAUGCACAAGGUAUGUUCUAUCUAUCCUUUCAGCCCACUCCUAUCAUACUUAAGUGCAAGUUCUAUGACACUCUGAUAUUUUCUUUUCCAUUCUAAAUGCAGGCUUUGAUACUGAUUGGCAUUUUAGAUAUGACCAUAUAGGAAGCCAGUGGCAAAUCUAGCCAAACAUAUCGUCGAGGUCAUCAGGAUUAGCUUCACUAUAUAAUACAUUUUUUUUGAAUUUUAAUAGUGCUUUGCUAAAUGAUUUAUAAAUUUUAUCAGGGUCGCUGACCUCGAUAAACACUCCUAAAUUCGCCCCUGAGGUAAGCAUAAGAUCUGCAUGUGCUCUACAUUUAAAAUGCAGUACAGUGGCCUGACUAUCACAUGCUCCUUUUGCUCCAAUGAUGUACCAUGGCCCAGGUCUGUACUUUGUUUUCUCUGCAUAAUGUUUUCUCCAGAGUACACUACAGGUCUAUAUAUACCUCAGAGAGAAGGUUUUCUGUUCAACAAUCCAAGUUUCUUUGCUGUGGAGCAUAUGGAAAGCUGUAGCUAUAGGACUUGAGAGUGAGCUGGGAAAGGGAAGAGAGGGCCUAAGAGCAGUGGGAAUGGGAACAUGGAGGAAAGCCCAUCCUGUUGGUUUCCUCCUCCAGAAACCGAGGUGGAAGCUUGGUUCGGUGUUUCCCGAUGCCUCCCAUUCCUAUUGUUCUUAAGCACUUCAUCCUUUUCCUUUUGGCUUACUGUGCAUCCAAAUUAUGCUCCUAUUUGGAUGGGUUGAAUUUGAGAGUGAGCAUGGAAGAGGAAGAGAGGGUCUAAGAGCAGUGGGCAUGGGAACACGGAGGAAGGCCUAUGAGUGGAAAGCUCAUUUUGGGUCUUCCUGAUGCCUCCCAUGCCUAUCGUUGUUAGGUGCUCCUUCCUCUUGCUUUUGGCUCACAUGACAUACACGAUGAGUGUUGUGCCUCCAUUCCUGAUUUGACAUUUUUUUUUCUUUUAUGUUUGUUUUGGCAUGCCUUAGUAGAUGCAUAGUUUACGGUGUUGGCUUUGUUUCCUGGAAUGUUUUAAGUUCAAAAUUUUGGCAUGUUUGGUCACAGAUAAAUUAAAGGUAGCUUAGUUAGAUUGCCAACAGUUCAAGUUUCAGAUUCCACUAGCACAAUCAUACAAUUGCUUAACUAUUGACUGUUCUGAAUAUGAACACAUAUCAUGCCUACAGGGCUACAUCUAUCAGCUAGCAUAUAUGGAGUAAGAAACUAACUAGCACUUCCUCGAACUUAACAGCAUGAGACACAGAAAUGCUGUUUGACAGAACAUAAAAAGGGCAUGCAUUUUCAGCCAACUUAUCUUUGACGAAGUACUGCAAAAGGAAGUACAGAGACAAGGAUGAUGAAACAUAUAUAAGAAUAUAAGAUAUGAACAUUGUACAUCUGACUCCAUAGCAGGAACAAACUCAGCAACUUCCCUACAAGAUUUGAACCAAAUGAGCUACACUGAAAUCACACAAGCAUGGGGCAUAGCAAUUCAGAAGGGCAGGCGGUCAAUAAGUUUGCAAGAAGAAAAUAUGGGAGCUAGAACAUUUAUGACUAAUUGCAUCCUGUUUGCACUGCCUAAACAUAUGCAAUUACGUCUGUGGCAAAUGAUUUCUCAUCGCGUGAGUUCGUGGUGAUAUGGCUAUACUCUGGGUCUAAGCAGGUGUGCGCAAUCUCAUAGGGCUCCAGCAAAGUGAGUGGCGGAUUCAGAAACAAUGCAAGAGGAGGGCUAAAUAGCAGAAGGCUAAAAUUUCUAUGGUAAAUCAGUGUCGGAUACUCGGAUGAGACUGAACGUCUAGAUGGCAUGCAUUUGGCACUAGAUUUUUUUUCCUGCUAUUACCAAUGACUGCACAAAGAAAAUGUAGAUGUAUACACAACAAGAACAUUCCAUCUGACUUGGUAGACCAUCAAUGGCACACAUAAUAAUAAUUUGCAAUACCGUCCGUCCAAAAAAAUAAUUUGCAAUACUGCAAAAUUUGAAUAUAACAAUCUAUAAAGAUUGUACGUGCCAGUGCCGGUCCUGACAUUUUAGAGGCCCAGGACAAGACUUAUAAUAGAGGCCCUUUAAUAAUAUUAAUUAUUACACAUAAUUAUAGUGCAUAUAUAUAUUGUUAAUAAAUAUUUAUGUAUAUUUGAAAACGUUGUUUAUAUCUCUACUACUUAUUAAGGCUCUAAGGGUAGCCUGCCGUUCUGCCGUUCUGCGAUCUCAGCCGUCCAUUCUAUCGUGUAAUCUCACUCGUCUGAUCUCGCCAUCCGAUCCCACGCACCGCAGCCCAUGACAUACGGCAAAUGGAAAACCCUAAUCUUUAGCACCUCGCGGUCUCCAGCGCCCCCGCCGCUUGCCAACCGCCACCCGACCCGCGGUCUCCAUCGUCCCGGCUGCCGCUUGCCAGCUUCCACCCGCAACCGCCGCGCUGCCUCCCGUCCCCUCCCCUCCCAAUUGCACAUCCGAUUCCUGCAGACGGAGCAGUCUCUCUCUUCCCAUCGCAGCCCUGGCUAUGGCGAAGACGGGGCGGUCUGCUCCGCCUCCAGCCACUCCGCGACACCUGGUGGCGACUCCGUCGCCUGCUGAGCACAUGGUGGACGCGAUGGGAGAUGGCGGUGGAGGAGGGCCGACGAGGGCGGCGGCGCCACGGAGCACCCGGUCGAGGUGAUCGGCCGCAUCCGGAACCUCGCCUCGGGUGUCUCGUCCGCGCUGGAGUUCGCGUGGGGCGGGACGGCCGUGCGCGUGCGCGGCGAUGCCGGCGGGUGUCGUGACUUCACCCUCGACGGCGUCUCCGUGUUGGAGGAGGAGGACCUCGAGGGGUUCUACCACCGGUUCGUGCGCUCCAGGAUCUACGGCGUCCCCGAUGCGCUCGGCAACCUCCACCCUCCUCGUCGUGACGAUCUCGGUCGGCCGAGCUCCGCACCAACCAGGCAACCACCAGCUCGAUCUCCUCGUUGUAAGCCUUGCCAACCUACAGCCCGCUCUCCUCGCCGACAUGCGAGGAUCUCGGCCGACCGAGCUCUGCGAACCCGCCCCUCUCGCGUCGAGCUCCGCGUUUCCCCACCCGCCAUCCCGCCCUUCGUGUUUCCCUGCCCACUCUACCUCUCGCCUAUCGUGCCGCCCACCAUCCGCUUCCGUCGCAAGGGAACCGAGGAUCUCGACAGAUCCACCCGCCAUCCUGCCCGCGCUUCCUCGCAAAACAAAUACCCCUAGCACCCCUCCACACUGGUGGCCUUGCUGGGUCCUACUCCUCCUCGGCUGUGCCUGCUGGGGUGGCGGCGGCAGGAACUAGGUAAGAAAAGGAAGGGAAGGGGAUGUAUGAGGUAGAGCAGAACCGUAGCGGUGACGCUGUCACACAUGGAUCUGGACCACCAGAUCUCGCAGCUGCGGGAUUGCAAGUUCAUGCCGGCGGUGGAGGUCAAGGCGCUAUGCGAGCAAGCAAAGGCGAUCCUCAUCGAGGAGUGGAACGUACAGCCCGUGCGUUGCCCCGUCACUAUGUGUGGUGACAUCCACGGCCAGUUCUACAACCUCAUCGAGCUCUUCCGCAUCGGCAGGGAAGCGUCUAACACCAACUACCACUUUUAUAUAGAUAGAAACUAAGUAUCCAGUGUGAUCUCUGAUUCUUUGAAUUAUACCUUGAGAUCUCUGAUUCUCUGAUGCAUAUAUAGAAGAUUGGUUAUGAUGAUUCAACAGCUGAAUUUUUUCUGGUGGGGAUAUAGCUGAGUAAAGAAUUAGAUUAUAGAAUAGUUGAGCAUUGAGGCAAGUUUACUAUCUCUGUUUAGUUUGGGGGUGGCUUUGUUAACGGGAAACGUGCAUAUCUUUCUAGCGCACUUUCCCUUCAUGUGAUUGAUCCGUGAAUCUGUACAUAACAUGUGUGGCAAUUUUAGUUCAAUUUAACCAAUAAACAUAGAUAGUAAACUUGGCUGAGACUGAUCAAACCCGUGCAAAAGUUCUGUGAUAGUCCCUUCUCGGUUUUCUUGUGUCCAGCUUGGUGUCUAAUGAACCAUGCCAUGCUUAAUAAAUCCAUUUAUGUCUUACCAGUAGAACGAGCGACAUUGAAUAUUUUGUAAUUUUCCUGGUUUUCAUAUUACAUCUGCGGUUCCACACACAUGAUUUUUUGUUCAUUUGUAUCUUAUUUAUCUUUUUAUUUAAGAUUUUUUUAUCCUUCAAGUACCUUAGAAGGCUGCAAUUAUUUUGUAGAUACUUUAUGUACACAACAAAAGAUUUGGAAGAGUGGUCAGAAAAUCAUGAUUCCUUUCGCCACGAGCAGAAUUUGGUUCAGUGGACCGAGAAAAAACGGCCAUGUGUUGAAGCCCUUUUCAUCGUUGUUGUUCAAUGUAUCUCUAUCUAUUGAAAUUUCAAAUCAUCACCCCAAUAUGCCUUAGUUGAUGUUCUGUAUGCAAGCAACAAUGGAUUUAUGAGGUAUGUUUUCUCUAAUCUCUACUACUAUGAAGAAUGUAAGGGGGUAGGGUGCCUCUCUCUGGUUCUGCCGUUCUGCCACCCAUCGAUCUAGACGGUCCAUAUCGCACCCACGCUUCCGCCCACCUCCCCCCGCACCCAAUCCCUAACCUCCCUUGCCUCCCCCGACUUCGCUCCCGAAUGGCUCGCCCCGCAUCCACCGCGCGCAAACCGUCCUCGCUCUCGUUCAGUCCGUCUCCCCCUCUCUCCAUCCAAAGCAUGUGCGACGCCGCCGCCACUCUCCUUCAUGGCCUUCGUGUGUCCCUCCUUCCCUGCCCGCUGCCCCUGCCUACGGCCGCGUCCUGCCCGGCGCUUGUCCACGCCAGACGCCCACACCAGAGACCACCGCCGGUCAGCCACACGCUCGAGAAUAGGCGGCGGCGCAGGUCCUCCUCCAUCUCUAUCAUGGUGAGUUCCCCUCCCCUCUACCGUACCUUGGACGAUCCUUACUUCCUUUACCGAUGCGUCAUCCUACAAAACUACGAACCUACUCGAGUUUUGAAGAAUUUAACCCUUUCGGUUUCCUUGGCUGUCCAGACCUGGCUUCCCCCUCGGCGCUGGCGUGCAGAGUUUGCACUGCAGAUCCGUUUCGGUGUGGGCGUCGAGGGUGUGUAAGGUGAGGGGGUUAGCUCCUCGUGUAGAUAGCUUGACGAGAGAAGGGUGGGAUGUGACUGUUGUCUCUACUUCUGGUUCCCAUGAAUUGUAGUUGUUACUGAUGUUAAUAAACUAGAUUGGGGAUCCGGCUGCAUUUGUUGUUGUCUCCAGAUGGCGCAGAUGCAUAACCUACAUCUUUGUGAUAUUUUCUGGUCUACCUUGUUUUCAUGUUGACAAUGGUCUGCAUUGUUCAUAUUUGUGAUUUGAUUGCCCUAACUCUGUAAAUUUGGGACCAGUGUGUCUCUAACCUAGCACAAAUUUGUCUUCUUUGCAUAGUAAAACAGCUACUAGGGCAUGUUUAUGUUUUAGUACUUGCUGGCUGCAUUUAAUGCUUUCUCCAAAUGAUGCAUACUCUUAACGCUACCAGUAGAAUUGUUGUGUGUUCAAGGCUUUUUUGAAAGAUAUGAGGUUUUCAUCAUGCAACAGCAACCCUGACUUUGAUUUUAUAUGGCAGAUACCAAAUAUCAUUUAUCUCCAUGAUGUAACGAAUAUUUGGCACAUCCCUUUGUUGCUUAGAGAUCAGAAGGCCAAUGAAGCUAUUUUGGAAGUGUUAGACCUUCGAUGGUAUGCCAUUGGACCAAAGUAUUAAUUAUAUAUGCAACGUUUGUGUCAUCUGUUCCACUAAUACCAGCAGUGUGCUAUUGUUGUUUGUUCUGGCCUGCUACUUGCAACUGUUAGCCGAUUAACAUAAGAAUUUAACAACUUUUUAAACCUAAGGUGUCUAUGUUGGUGAUCCUUCUAAGCUCAGUAUGAAGGCUGCAUUUAGGAAGGUUUGGUGGUUGAAAGAAGCUGGUGGUAGUAUUAUUGGUGGAACCAUCAAGAGAAAUUCAGGAGAUGAGCAAGAAUCCAAAACCACCCAAGGAUGCGUAAGAGACAGAUGCAUUUUCUUUUUGUUCCACUAAUUGGCUGUUCCCGGAUAUAUAUGCAACGCUCGUGUCAUCUGUUCCAAUACUUGAAGAAGCAGCACGCUACGAGUUGAGAUAUGGGCACAGAAAUAGAGCUACAAGAAGUCUAUUUUCUUCUUAUCCUUUUGAUUAAUCAUGUGUUUAUAUGAUUCAAUCAUGGAAACAACUGUCAGUUUUGAUAGUGUGCAGGAUGUGGAUAUUUUGGCAUAUUACACGUUGAGUGGUGAAUUCAAGUAUCAGUUUGGGUCUAGAAGGUGAAGCUGAUCAGUUGCUGCUGGAUGAGACCUAUCACUUCAUGCUCCCCUUGACAAAUUCAUGGAAAAUAAACCAAAAGGGAGCCACAUAGCUAAAGGAAGAUGGCACGAUGGAUCACAAAUGCCCCAGCUAAAAAGCUUAACCUGAAUCAUCAUAUUAUUGGAGGAGAGCUUCUAGAAUUGUCAAAAAAUGAAGUGCCUCCUGAAGAUAUUGUUUUCCACCGUUUAUAUUUGAACAAGACUGGCCCAGUUAAUCGUAAGGCAAAGCGGAAGGACUCAGUUCUUGAUGAAGGAAAAGUGUGAGGAGCUUGGUUAGUUAAACACUCUCCUUCCUCUUUUGUUGGCACAACUGAUAUGCCAUAGAGAGUCAGCAUAUAUAUUAUCCCCUGGGACACCAUUUAAUUGUUAACAUUGUGAUGGUAUUAUGUACUGUUAAUUGUUGACUGAGACACUGAACAUUAUUAUUGCAGAGUAUUUUUGUAGGUUGCAGAUUCCUAAGGAAUCAAAUGUCAUGAAUCAGAUACUUAAAUCCAACUACAUUGUCAGAAUGAGGUCCUAUAAUGAAGCUGAAUUUGUUAAUAUAUUGACAAUUAAGUCGUAAUUGUCUCUACAUAAAUAUAGAAAUUAGGAAAAUUGUUUUAGAGGAGGACUAGACCAGGCGAAUGGCUUGCCAUGGAAACAGUAGCAGUUGCAGAUGAGGAUAUACUAUCAAGGCUAUGAAAAUGGCUACUGCUAGGAAUCUAGAUGGACAGAUUGACAUGGUGAAGGUGCUUGUCUUAAAGAACAAGACAAACUUGCCCUCACCAACUCUUCAGUAAACCUUUGGUGGUAGAGCCACAACAGGCAAUGGUUAUGGGUUCACCUUUAGAGGAUGCAAGACAUUUGGCCCAGAGCUACAAUGGGACGUGCUGCGAUCAAGAUGUAGGUAUCAAAGUACUUGAGCCUGAGCGGGUUAGUGUUGAUAUGCUACGUGAGUUUGCACAGGAAGUUUAUAUAAUGAAGUGAGUGAUGAGCUUUACUUAUGCUUGGACUAAGAAAAUUGUGUAACAGUCACUUCAUGAUACAACAUUUUAGAAUGAUGUUCCAUCAUUUAUUUAUGACUGCCCAAGCAAAUUGGAUUCGUUGUAAUGACUUCUCAUGUGGGAAGUUACAUGAUGCUAAUUUACGAUUUUUGUGUUUCA